AUUGAGCCGGUAACUCAUCGAGUUCUCUCCCAGGCACUCACUCGGGCUCCGCAGCACCCCUGCCUUUGCACCUUCUGGACCUCCAACUCUCCGAGCGGCUAACAUGGCACCCAAAAAGGACGUGAAGAAGGCCGAGCCAGCCAAGCCCGCGGCGGCACCAGCGCCUGCGCCCGCACCCGAGCCCGAAAAACCCAAGCCUCUGGACCUGUCCAGCGUCAAGAUCGAUUUCACUUCAGAGCAGCAGGAAGACUUCAAGGAGGCCUUCCUCCUCUUUGACAGGACCGGCGACAGCAAGAUCACCUACAGCCAGGUGGCUGACGUCAUGCGCGCUCUGGGACAGAACCCCACCAACAAGGAGGUCAAGAAGAUCCUGGGAGACCCCAGCGUUGAGGAGAUGAACGCCAAGAAGCUCGACUUCGAUCAGUUCCUGCCCAUGCUGCAGACAGUGGCCAACAACCCAGACAAGGGCGGCUUUGAAGACUUCGUUGAGGGUCUGCGUGUCUUUGACAAGGAGGGCAACGGCACCGUGAUGGGCGCUGAGCUGCGCAUUGUGCUUAGCACCCUGGGUGAGAAGAUGACAGAACAAGAGGUCGAGACACUUCUUCAGGGUCAGGAAGAUGAGAAUGGCUGCAUCAACUAUGAGGCUUUCGUCAGGCACAUCAUGUCUGUCUAAAGUGGGCUACGGAAUGGACCCGUGCGGACGCCACACUCUUUCUGAAGACCCAAUGGUGUCAGGACAUCCACUUCACCAAGACGGGCACCUUUUGACCAACACGCCACACAAAGGACUAUGAAUUGUACUCUUGACCUCCCUCUGGGUUUUCAUUUUGAUUUUGUACCCUCGUUCAUCCAUCACAGCCCCCCCCCCCCCCUUCCCCCC